UUAAAUACAGAGCCAUAGUCCCCUCUAACACCACGCUAGUGUCUCCUGUAGUCUUACGUUGUUGUGUUGGCAGCAUCCUCUUUGGAAAUGUCAGCCAGAACCCGAUUCUUCCAGCUUUUCCGACACCAGCUAAAGCCAACUUUGCAGCACCAACGGUUUUCACAUUCUGUGACAAUUAUUGGAGCCCCGUUUUCAAAAGGACAGGAGAAGAGUGGGGUUGAACAUGGUCCUCACUACAUCAGGAAUGCCGGUCUCAGGGAAAGACUGGUGGGUCUCGGAUGUGGUGUGCAUGACUGUGGUGACCUGAAGUUACCACAUAUUGCAGAUGAUGAAUGCUACAACAAUUACAUCAGAUUUCCCCGCUCAGUUGGCUUGGCCAACCAGAAGUUAGCUAAAGCAGUUAGCCAAGCGAUUGCUGCUGGCCACACAUGCGUGACUCUAGGAGGAGAUCACAGUCUGGCAGUUGGUUCAAUCCAAGGACAUGCUCAUCAGUGCCCUGACAUUUGUGUGAUCUGGGUAGAUGCACAUGCAGAUAUCAACACUCCUCUUACCUCUCCAUCUGGAAACCUCCAUGGUCAGCCUGUGUCUUUUCUGCUACGGGAACUUCAAGAUAAGAUGCCCGAGAUCCCUGGCUUUGACUGGAGUAAGCCAUGUUUGAAUAGUGCAGACAUUGUGUAUAUUGGUCUACGAGAUAUCGAUCCUGGGGAAUACUAUAUUUUGAAGAACUAUGGCAUCCAGUAUUUCUCCAUGAGGGAUAUUGAUCGACUUGGAAUUCAAAAAGUUAUGGAAAUGACUUUAGAUCAUUUAAUAGCCAGGAAACAAAGAUCGAUCCACCUCAGCUUUGACAUUGAUGCCUUUGACCCCCUUGUAGCUCCAGCAACAGGCACCCCAGCUUCUGGAGGGUUAACAUACAGAGAAGGCAUUUACGUAACAGAAGAAGCACGCAACACAGGUAUGCUCACAGCGGUGGAUCUCGUAGAAGUGAAUCCUAUGCUUGGAACUACAGCUAGUGCAGUGAAUGCUACAGUGAAAUUAGCUGUCGAUGUCAUAGCAUUUUCUGUUGGACAGACAAGGGAAGGGGCACACUGUGCAAUAGAUGAGCUUCCCAUUCCUGAAAAGACAUACGAAUCAAGUGAGCAGUAUGAAGUGUGGCUUUAGGAGACGAGCACCGCAUAACUCUCUUCUCAAUGACCAUCCAAGAUCAGCAUUCCAAAAUCCUGGAACAGACUUAUUUAAUGUGUCAUCCAUGGAAAUGGAUUCCUGAUAAGAUGCACUAGCUGAUCGGGAAGUAUUAUGGCUUAAAUGUAACUCAUGAACAGACAUAAUAAAAGUGUGACAAUCUGU